UCGCUGGGUGACCUUGAGCUUUCCGGAGUGAGAUGGCGCUGCUCUGGAGGCUGAGCAUCCUGCGCGCUCCCCGAGGCGGACAAGCUCUUUCCCUCCAAAGCCCAGUGGUCAGACCUGCUCAUGUCUCAGCAUUUCUUCAGGACCCCCAUGCCCCCGAAUGCUGUGGAGCGCAGCACAUCAACCUGUCGCACGGCUGCCACUCCGGCUCCAAGGCGGCAUCUCUCCAUUGGGCUUCCGAGAGGGUUGUUAGUGUUGUGCCCCUGGGCCUCCUUCCAGCUGCUUAUCUGAACCCUUGCUCUGCGAUGGACUGCUCCCUGGCUGCAGCCCUCACUCUCCACAGUCACUGGGGCCUUGGGCAGGUUGUCACUGACUGCAUUCCAGGGGCCACAGUGCAGAAGGCUGCCAAGGCGGGCGUCCUGGCACUCUCGGCUUUGACCUCCGCUGGGCUCUGCUACUUCAACCACUAUGACGUGGGCAUCUGCAGGGCUGCGGCCCUGCUGUGGAAGCUCUGACCUUUUGACUUAGUGCUUUGAGAAUCGAUUGUAUACCUCUGCUGUCCUGCCAU